AUGCGCAAGGAACUCUAUCAAGCAAUUAUCGUUACCAAUUCUAAGACUAAUUCGUCGUCAUUCAAGACACCCUUAACGACGCCAUCAAGUACAACGCAAGAAUUAAGAGAUCACAAGAUUGAUAAUAGUUUCUCGGAAGAAGUUCGGACGUUGAACAAGAUUCAUAAAGAUGACUGUUAUACAUACAG